AUGGGUAAAAAAAACAAGGCCAAGUCGGCAGACAAGGCGGCAGACAAGGAGCCGGAUGUGCCCAUGUCCGUUUCGACUGAAGCUCCUGCCGCGCCGGACACUACCACCGACACAUCGACACCCACAACUACCAAUGGCAUUGAAGCGGAGGAACAUCUCAAGGUGACUGAGGACUCUAACGAAGAGGGCAAGGCCGAGGCUCUGCCCGGAGAUCUCACAACCCAGGCCGAGGAGCCUCCCGUUGCCGCCACCGAGAAGGCCGUGGAGAAGGUCAAGGAGGAGGAGGCUAAGGUGGAGAAGGAUGAGUCCAACCCUGAGACUGAAGUUGAGACUGAAUCCAAGCUUGAAGCUGAGACUGAAUCCAAGCCUGAAGCUGAGACUGAAUCCAAGCCUGAGGCUGAAUCGAAGCCUGCCACUUCUUCUGAUGCCACUUCUUCUGCUCCCAUUGACGAACCAACUACAGGAGACAUGUCUGCAGAGACUGUGGAGCCAACGAAGCUUGCAGAGAAGACAAAUGGAAAUGCCGCCCCAGCGAUCAGCGUGACAGAGGCAGAGAAGACAGAGGAGUCGAACAAGGCGGCGGCUCCUGCUCCUGCGUCUUCAGGCACCUCUGCCAACGCCUCGGUGUCUGUGCGCCCUUCUCGAGCCCACUCCACCGCCGGAUCCAUCUCCUCCGUCAAUUCCACCCGCUCGUCCAUGGCUUCUUCCGUGUUCAUCAAAAACUCGCUCAACACCAUCUCCACCUCCAAGGAGGCCAAAAAGAAUGCGGCCCUGUCCACCGCCGUGGGCAAGGCUCUCUCGUCGCUCGACCGAGACGAAAACCCCUCAGCACAGACCAUCUUCGAGCCCAUGCGUCUGGUGUGCCAGGGCAAUGACGCGGAGAUGCAGGUUGUGGCUCUGGACGCCAUUGGCAAGAUGUUCACAUACUCGUUCUUCGAGGACCCUGCUCCCUUGCCCCACAACGAAGAGGCCGGGAUUGUUCCCCCUCCUCGAAUUCCUCUCAUUGAGCAGGCCAUCACCUGUGUCUGUGAGGCCCAUCGAGGUGACGCCACGGACCAGCGAGUCGAGUUGCAGAUCGUCAAGGCUCUCAUGGCUGCUGUUCUCAACGAGGAGCAUAUUGCUCAUGGAGCCACUUUGCUCAAGGCGAUUCGGCAAUCAUACAACAUCUUUGUCACCUCUCCCUACCAGGCCAACCAGAUUGUUGCCCAGGCUUCAAUUUCUCAAAUGGUCAACGUCGUUUUCGAGCGAGUCAAGGUGAAUCUCAAAAAGAAGGCCAUUGCCGCUGACAACAACCUUGACUACGUGGAGAGCACGGCUGACAUCCUGGCUUCCUCCAACGGCUCGUCUUCAGACAUUAAGCUCAACCUGUCCGACUUGAACAGAGCUGAUGUCGACGAUGAAGACCGAGUCAUGGAGGCCAAAACAUCUGCUGGCCAGGAUAAGAGCGACAUUGUGGCCAAGGACGCGUUUCUGGUCUUCCGUGCAAUGUCCAAGCUUUCCAUCAAGGACAUUGAAUCGGACUCUGUGGACAUUAGAUCCAAGGAAAUGCGCUCCAAGCUGCUGUCUCUGCAUCUGGUCCACAGCAUUCUCAAGAGUCACAUGACUGUGUUCCUCUCCAAGGACGUGGUCAUCAAGUCCAGCGGCGCUGCCAAAAACACCACGUUCGUCAACGCUGUCAGACAGUACAUCUGUCUGACUCUGGCCAAAAACGCGUCCUCCAUCACUCCCGCAGUGUUUGAGCUCUCCGCUGAAAUCUUCUGGCUGCUGCUCUCUAACCUGCGAGGCCAGUUCAAGAAGGAGAUUGACGUGGUGCUCACUGAGGUCUAUUUCCACAUUGUCGAGAUGAAGACUUCUACCGCCCACCAGAAGCUGUACUUCCUGGGCAUCAUUUCUCGAUUGUGCAAUGACCCUCGAGCUCUGGUUGAGGUCUUCCUCAACUACGACUGUACUCGAGGUGUGGGCAAUAUAUAUGAGACCCUCAUCAACUAUCUGGUGCGUCACGCGACUGCCAGAAUCAUCAUGACCCCUGUGCAAAUGCAGCAAUACCGAGAAUGGAAACACAAGCCAAUUGCUGUGUACAACACGUCUUUGCCUCCUCAGCUGGCAUCCGCAAAUCUCACCAGCACCUCCUACACACCCGAGGUGCUACCUUACCCCGUUGAGUACGCUCUUCGAAUGACAUCUCUGGAGUGCAUUGUCGCUGUGCUUCGAUCUCUCCACUCUUGGUCUCACAAGGGUAUGACAGCAGCUGGAGGAGCUACCAUUUCGAUUGCUGCGUCUGAUUCCACGACGCCCACCGGUCGACAUUCUUCUGUUUCUUCUCUUUCGUCUAUUCAGCAGAACGACUUUGUGGACGAUCCUUCCCAGUUUGAAGAUCUCAAGCUGCAGAAGAGCAAUCUCGAAGGAGGCAUUCGAAUGUUCAACCAGUCGCCCAAGCGAGGUAUGGCUGCGUUGAUCAAGUCAGGUUUUGUUGCCUCUUCUGCUCCAGAAGACAUUGCCAAGUUCCUGAUCGAGACUGAUGGGCUCGACAAGGCCAAGAUUGGAGACUACCUCGGUGGCCAUGAGAAGGAGAACGUGGAGAUCAUGUACGCCUUUGUCGAUCACCACGAUUUCACGGGAAUGCGGUACGUUGACGCUCUUCGAAUCUUUCUUCAGUCUUUCCGACUUCCUGGAGAGGCUCAGAAGAUUGAUCGUUUCCUGCUCAAGUUUGCCCAGCGCUACAUUUCUGGCAACCCCGACUCGGCGUUUGUGAAUGCUGAGUCGGCGUACGUUCUGGCGUACUCAGUGGUCAUGCUCAACGUGGACCAGCACUCCACCAAGGUCAAGAACCGAAUGAAACCCGAGAACUUUGUGUCUAACAACCGAGGAAUUAAUGAGGGUGGAGAUCUUCCUCCGGAGUUGCUUCUGGAGAUCUUUGAGGAGAUUCAGAAGAAUGAGAUCAAGCUGGAUUCCGAGCAGGCCGACGCAGCCAUCUCCAACGCCUUUGAGGCGGCUGAGCAGCCCACCGGAAUCGCUGCCACUCUCGGUUUCGGAAAGGAUGUCAACAAGGAGGCCUAUCUCAAGGCUGCCAAGGAAAUGACUUCCAAAACGGAACAGUUGUUCCGUGGUUCGUCUUCCACCAACGACGAGCCUGGACUGUACUACGUGGCUUCUCAUUUCGAACACGUCCGGCCUAUGUUUGAUUCCGUUUGGAUGUCUGUUGUGGCUGCUCUUUCCGGUCCUCUGCACACUUCUGACGACGAGGAGACUGUAAAGCUGUGUCUGGAUGGAAUCAAGUACUCCAUCAAGAUUUCGUGUCUCUUUGACAUUGAGCUUCCCCGAGAGUCGUUUGUCAACACCCUGGCUAAGUUCACUUCUCUGAGCCAGCUCCACGAGAUGCGCCAGAAGAACAUUGAGGCCAUCAAGGUGCUUUUGGAAGUUGCUGUGAGUGACGGCGCUGGCCUGAAACGCGGCUGGAAAGACAUUCUCACCUGUGUCUCGCAACUCGAGCGAUGCCAGCUUAUCGUUGGAGGUGUUUCUGCCACAGCCAUUCCUGACAUUAACGACGCUCGAAUCCAUGGACGAGCCUCUCUCGACCGGCGACGAACUCUGCCUCCCAACAUGGCCAACACCUUUACUCCGGAGGUUGAAGCUGCGCUCAAGUCUGAAUCUUUGAACAAACUCACGGACAAGAUCUUUGUUCAGAGCGCUUCUCUACCCGUGGACUCAUGUGUGGAUUUUGUGCGUGCUCUCGCCGAAGUCUCCUGGCAGGAAAUCAAGUCUUCUGCCGGCAACGAGAACCCCCGAACGUUUUCUCUUCAAAAGAUGGUCGACGUGUCUUACUACAACAUGGGCCGUAUCAAGAUGGAGUGGACUCCGAUCUGGGCUGUAAUGGGCGCUCAGUUCAACAAGGUCGGUACGAUCCCCAACACGAUGAUUGUGUUUAUGGCUCUGGACUCGCUGCGGCAGUUGGCGGGUCGGUUCCUUGAUCUGGAAGAGUUGUCGCACUUUAAGUUCCAGAAGGACUUCCUCCAGCCGUUCGAGUACAUUAUGGAGAAGAACUCGAGUGGAGAAGUCAAGGAUAUGGUGCUUCAAUGCAUUCGGCAGCUGCUGUUAUCCAAGAAGAGUGCGUUUAGAUCCGGCUGGAUUUCCGUCUUUAACGUCUGUGGAGCGGCUACUUCGUCGUCGUCAAAGUCUCUCUUGAACACUGCUUUCGACAUUGUCAAGAAGGCCCGAGAACAGCUUCUGACUGAGGUCAUCCUCCAAGAUGCGUUCGUGCCCAUGACGAAAUGUCUGACCGCUAUUGCCAUGAACCAGUUGUCUCAAAAGACAGCUCUUCAUGCAAUUGAGCAGCUCAAGGCGAUUAUCGUCGAUGUCUCCAACGAUAAGACCGAAGACAACGGUGUCCCCCAUCCUCAGCAGCUCCCCAGACUCUGGAUGCCUGUUUUCCAGUCGUUCCACGACAUUAUCAUGACCGGCGAGGAUCUCGAGGUUCGGUCACGUGCCCUCAACUACCUGUUUGACGUGCUUGUCCAGUACGGCGGCGGAUUCGAGGCCGACUCGUGGGACACCAUCUGCACCGAGGUUCUGUUCCCCAUUUUCGUCAUUCUCAAAUCGCGGUCGGAAAUGGCCCGGUUCAACAACCAAGAUGAUGUGUCUGUGUGGCUGUCCACGACGAUGAUCCAGGCACUGCGAAACAUGAUUGCACUGUUCACGCAUUAUUUCUCCACUCUGGACCGAAUGCUGGACGGCUUCCUCGAUCUGUUGGUCACCUGCAUCAACCAGGAGAACGACACCGUAUCCCGAAUCGGCUCCACCUGUCUCCAACAGCUCAUCACCGAAAAUGUCAACAACUUCAACGACGCCCACUGGGCCAAGAUUGUCGACACCUUUGGCGAGCUGUUCAAAACCAACACGGCUGUGGAGCUGUUUGAGAGCACGAGAAAGCCAGACGAUCCCGAAGACAAGCCCCAGCGAACAGACAAGCAGAAGAUCUUCAAGACCAUCAUUGUCAAGUGCAUUCUGCAGCUGCUGGCGAUUGAUACCGUCGAAGGACUCUUCCAGGACCAACAGGUGUACCAAUGUAUCCCCACCAAGCAGCUCUUGAGGAUUACAGACAUGUUGCAGGAGAGCUACACCUUUUCCAAGACGUUCAACGCUGACAAGGAUCUGCGAAUGCGGCUGUGGAAGGAGGGCUUCAUGAAGCAGUACCCCAACCUGUUCCGCCAGGAGAGUCAUUCAGUGUCCACAUAUCUGCAUCUCACGUUCAAGGUGUAUUUGGACCCUGUGAAGACGACUACCGAGCAGCAUGAUGCGAUUGGCAAGCAGCUGUUACCUCUGGCACUCGAGCUCAUGGAAAUGUACGCGGCCCUGGACUUUGACCAGAACAAGGAAAAGGUCAUUUCCACAUGGACGCCUGUCAUUGUGUCUGUACUGCAAAACUACGCGCGGUUCCCUGACAGCGAGUUCAACGCCAACGCGGAGGACUUCUUUAAGCUGUCACUGAACCUCCUGGAGAAGGACGUGUCGCUGGAGGUGCGAGUGGCGGUCAAGCAUAUUCUGCACAGAGUCGGCCAGUUGUAUAUGAAGGGAAAGGGCAAGGAGUAA